GACGCGAGCUGCCCUGUAAGCUAACAGAACUCUUAUGAGACUGAGACCUGGCCUAGCAAUCAAUGGCAUGGCAGAAUGCCCAAGACCAAGUUUCCUUUGACCACAGUACGUGUAGUGCGCGCAUCACGUUUCUCACCCUCUCCCUUCCCGGGGUGUGCGAGCAUCAUUGCGUACACGACACGCUCGAAAAUGAGCUCGCACGCGUGGCUCGUAAUAAACUUAUAAUGGGGGUCGUAAUUAGCUACGCGGACGGAUUUCUGGCGGCAAUGAAUCGCGCCACUUCGGGUUAAUUAAUUACGUCGCGGGUGAGGUCCGUUAUUAAGUAAGGCCGAUUGAGACGAGGCGAAGAGACCAGGGAAGACCUCGUUUCCACUCGAUCGGUGCGAGUUCGCGAUUCGCAGUCGCGAUAUGCCGUUAUGACAUCGGUCAUACCGUAAUAAAUCGACGAAGUGAAUCGCGAAGAGUUUCGGGUAGGAUCACCAGGUGGACCAUGAACCAUGGAUACGCGACUCGAGAGCGAUUCAACUUCAGAAGAGAAACGUAAGGAAGAACGCGCUUAAGCCAUGGGUAGCGGAGGAGUUGGUGAAGUACCAACGAUAUUUCACCCCCGACGAUCGCGUACGUCGAAUAUAACCUUCAUUGAAGAUCAGCAGUCCCACGGUCCGUUCAUCACUCCCAUCCAGAUUGCGCUUCGUGCUUCAGGAUGCGAACAGCAGCAGGGUUGCAGCGUCGUCGAAGGCGAUUCUGCGUCGAGUUAUCGUUCACUGGAGACCACCGGAAGUGCCGUAGGAGGUGGCGGCGGUGGUGGUGGUGAUAGCGGUGUACAAUUGACAGGUCAAACUCAAUCGUCGACUCAUGUAACCUCGGCUCCAGCCAUCCAGCAGCCGCAUCAACCGAGCUCGAUCUCGGCCUGCCUCGCCUCUUGUUGCGCGGAAAGCGCAAAGAAGAUAUAUUUCGGGGUGUGCGUGACGAUAUGCGUAACCGCGAGCUGGGUUGGGGCGACUCAUUGCAUUAAGUAUUUAUACUUUCACAAAUCGGACAAGAUCUCGGAAAUGUCCAAGUCCGUAAAUUCCUCUGUAAACGGACUUCAUCAUCAACAUAUCAUCCUUCCGUACGAUGCGCCCUUCUUUACGACGUGGUUUUGCACCAACUGGAAAGUCUUGUACUUUCCGGUAUACUUCAUCUACUGGGCUGCCAGAACCAGGUGCGCUACCCCUUCGGAGGUAAUCGCUGAGAGUCUCCGCGGUUUUCGCGAUAAGGGUUUUACAGGCGGCCGCUUCUUAAUCAGAUGUAGCCUUUUCUGCGGUCUCUGGGUCAUCACGAAUUACUUGUACAUACUCUCGUUGAGGAUAUUGUUAGCCACGGACGUGAUGGCGUUAUUUGCAACCAACGUUUCGUGCGUUUACCUGCUUUCGUGGGUCAUUCUUCACGAACAAUUUGUAGGCGUAAGGAUAGUUGCAGUGAUUCUCUGUAACACCGGCAUCGCACUCUUAGCUUACAUGGACGGCAUAACCGGAAGUCCAACUUUGGGGGGUGUUGUUUUAGCUACAGCAGCGGCAGCUGGUUCUGCCGUUUACAAAGUCCUUUUUAAGAAAGUAAUAGGAGAAACUACGUUCGGCCAAAAGUCUUUAUUUUUCUCUCUUAUUGGUUUGUGCAACGCUGCCCUGUUAUGGCCAAUUUGUCUGGCUUUGUACUUUUCCGGAGUUGAAACCAUACAUUGGGCAAGAUUGCCAUGGGCAGCAUUACUUUCCGCCAGCAUACUACAUUUAGUUGCGAAUAUGCUCGGCAAUUUCAGCAUCGUGCUCACCUAUGACCUGUUUAUUACUCUUGGAUUAAUAACAGCUGUACCUGUAUCUGCUGCAUUGGACGUUAUUUUUUACGGGGCGACCUUCAUGGGCAUGAAAUUAGCAGGCAUGAUCUUCAUCGCGGUGGGUUUCUUCCUGGUAAUGUUUCCGGAUAAUUGGCCAGAUUACAUAACAAGGCUCCUCCGAAACGUAGUCCUCAUGAGUCACAGUACAAGUACCACGGGGGGCGGCCAGCGACGCGGCAGCAGGAGUAUCCUUAGAGGUCGCAGAUCGUCUCUACAGCAGCGUCAGCAUCGUCUGAGGAGUUACGGCGUUUCCGCCGCGCACGGGGAUGGCCAGACACUAUUGCCGAUCAGCAACAACAAUAACAACAAUAGCAGCAGCAGCAACAAUCAGCCUGCCGCUCUUCGACAUGUUAACAACAACCCUCAGUACAGCUCGACCUCCGAAACCCAAUCACGCCGUGUCCUUCCUUCUACCUCGACCCCCAUCACCUCGACCUCGACCUCGACCACGACUACCACCACCACCACCACCACCGUCGUCAGCAACAGUUAUUCGCAUGAUCCUCGUAAUCUGCAAGGUGGAGCAGGAGACACAGGCACGGCUUGACAGACGGGUCAUCGCGCGAUGUCAUCGAUUAUCGAACCGGUUACAUAAAAUCGCACUUACGCUCACCCUCAGGCAGGGUUCGGUGACUAAACACAUUAAAAAUCAAAGCAAUUAAUAUGAUAAUGACAACAUAGGUCUCAUCGACAAUGAUUCGAUGGCUAUUAUCUUCGAUGUACAUAUAAAUACGAAUUCGGCUAGGAAAUAGAUUUAUUCCAUCAGUACUUUUAAAUCUUCUUAGGACUAUCUUAAAAUAUAUUAAUGUACUGCAUUCUAUCAGCCAUUUUCAAUUAAUUUAACUGUUUUUAGUAUUAACUCUGAAAACCAACAAGAAAAUUAGUUAGUUUAAGAUUAAGUAAAUAAACAAAAAAUUAAACAAAUAGAGAUAAAAAGCCUAUUUUAUCCUUAAUACUUUUUGGUCGAGUACUUAUCUAAAUUUCUUAAUUUAUUUAAAAGCUUGUUAAACAUCUUAACAAAAUAUUUAUAGAUUGAAACUGGAAAGCAAAAAAAAAUUAUUCAAAUUGCAUAAAAAAGUCUUUAGAGAAUUCAUUGCUAAGAAAUAUUUUAUAUAAAAAUAUUACAACUGAUAUUUUCUCUUAUUGUUCAUGUUUUCUAGUCUUUUGCUACAUGAUUAUUUAAAAAGUUACAAAGUAUUCACAUUGGAUGCAUAGGAGAUAUCUUUAUGAUAUUCAAUAUAACAUUUAUGAUAUACAAUUAACGUACAUAUUAUCGAUGUAUGUAUGUGUGAUAACUGUAGCUCAAUUAGUACGAAAAUAAUUCCAAAUCAAUGACAUAGUCAGGCGGCUAUGUAAAACUUCUUUAAGUAUCCCAACAGAGAGACUUAUAGAAAUUUAAUAAUGGCAAAAUAAAAUUAGCCAGUAAUUAAUUAUUUAUUUUAUUAAAAGCUAGCAAUAGUGCUCUCUUAAUACUCAAAAUAAGGAAUUAAUCACUGGUCAAUUUAAUACUGCCAGUAUCGAAUUUCUGUAAAAAGAGGGAACUCUUGAUAUUACAUAUUAAGUAAUAAAGAUGACUUGCUAAAAUAAACAUGAUAAACUCAAUUUUCUACAUUACAACGUGCUAUCGGGAAUAAAUCGGUAAAGAAUUGAACUUAACGAGAUUUGUCGGUUUCAAUAUAUUUUCAAUUAAAUUAUAGAAAAUAUGCUGGAAAUAAUAUUUAGAUCAAGAUUUUUUAUUUGAUUGUUUCACGUUAUUCACAAAUAUUCACAAAUACAAUAUCGUUAAUGAAAAUUAUAAACGGACAUAAAAAAUAUACGAGGACAAUCAUAAAUAAUGAAUUAGCUUUAAAUACAGUUUUUCGUCUCUGAAGAUAUCGUUGGUCCGUAUAGAUGUUAUUUGUAGCAAUUAAAAUUAUCGUGACAAAAGUUAAUGAUAUGAUGUUUUACCGCAAUACUUAUUUGCAAAUCGAUGCAAUUUAUAGUGAUAUUUUUAUCCAAUAAAAUUAGAAUAAUAUUACAGGAUUAAUAGUUUUAUUUCUAUUCUUUUUAACAUAAAUCCAAUGGUGUCGAUGUUUGUGAUGACUAUAUUAUAGUCUAUAAAAUGUGAGUGUAAUUAUUACGUCAGAAAUACUCGAUACGUAACGGCUCAAUUUAUGAUAUAUAUACAUCGUUUCCGUGUUACAUUAAAUUUUCUAAAUAAAGUUAAAACAUAGUAAAAUUUUGGGAUUAUUAAGGUUCGUGAUUAGCUUAGAAUUUGUUUACUAUGAAAUAACAAAAGGUCUUGUCGAACUCGAAUUACUAGAAAUAUCCGUAUACAAUAAACUUCUAUAAACAAAUAAAAUCUUAUACUAUAUAAUUAAUCGUAAAUAUAUUUUUAUAAGUAUCACAUAAGCGAUAUUUUUUCGACAUUGAUUCAUAUAGUUAUUUUACACCAAUUUUUCCUUUGAAUUUAUCCUUGUAUUUAUUUACAUCAAUAAAUAAUUAUAUCUAUUUGUGUUAUUAGAUAUAAUUUUGUAUAUAUAAUUAUUAUAUAGAUAUCACCUACAAUUUUUGCAAUUAAUUCCAACAUUUUUAAGAAUACAGAAUGUAUAUUUAUUUCAUUUGUAUAACUGUCAAUUACACAAAAGUUAACACAGGUUGUAACUUAACGAAGGUUGUAACCGCAAUAAUUAUAACAUUUAUUGUAAAAAUAUAUGUAAUAGAAAUUCUAGUUUAACGUUGAUAUAAAGGAUAAAUAUUAUGGAAAUAUUGUGCAAAUAUUGAAUGAAUGUGAUUGUAUCAAUAAUAAAUCUAGUUUAGUAA